UUCAAAGUCUGGUCCCUACUGUUGGUUCUGAACACUCUCAAAAUCUGGCCUAAAGGGUAUGAAGGAGUAAUGCAAACUUGUCUCUCUGCCAUCAUCAAUCUUUGGAAAAACCUCAGUCGUAUGAAAAUCAAAUCUGCUAAGUCAGCAGUUCCUAAACUUGUAUGGUGUGGUCAGGUUCUGAAGUGUAUGAGACACUCUCCCCCUCCCCCCCACUGAGAUUAAUGUGAAUCACUUGCUUUUCUCCCUGGGCAUUCUGCCUCUUACCUCCAUUAAUACCUUCCAAGGUCAGAAGGGACCAAUGUGAAUAUCUAGGCUGACCAUCUGUGUAAUGCAGGCCAUAGAACUUUCCCCAGAAUUGUUUGAAUUAGAGCACUUUUUAAAAAAAAAACUUCUAAAUUGCCAGUGAUGGAAAAUGCAUCAUAACCCUUAGUAAAUUGUCAGAGUGAGUAACUACCCUCCCUAUUUUAACUACCUCUUAUUUCUGGUCUGCAUUUGUCUAACUUCAGCUUCCAACUGAUGGAUCUUUCAACCAUCUUGGUGGUAACUGCCAGCCCCUGUCUCUUUCCCCUACCUAGCAGUGGCACCAGUAAAGGCACCUAUGUUAACUUCUCCUUGUUUCCAGCUACUCAGACAGCCUCUGACACAAGCUUGGGCUUCUGUAAGUAUCUGGAAACCAGGAACAUUAGCACAGUGGGCCUACAUCGCACCAGCUCAAGCUGGGAACAACUGAAGCAACUGACAUCACUGAAUACAGCAAGGUUUGUCCCCCUAAGGAUUAACUACCAGGCUUCAUUAGGAGAUCUCUCUUCAUGUAAUUGGUUCAAGGCGUGUUGCCUGAACUCACGCCAUCUUAAUUGGUUCAAGCUUUAUGAAAUAGGGAGAGGGGGCUAGUCAGGGGAAGUUCCUGCAGGAAAUCCAGAGGCAUUCAGUAAUUGAAACUGUGUCAUUCUAACAUGUCUAUUACAUUGAACAAGAGCUGAAUGAUGACCAAUCCAGCAAAACUCAGAUCACAUCUGAAGCAUGACUGUGUACUCUCUAGAAAACAUCAAUAAUGUGCAAUUCAUUAGAACGUGCAAAAUCCUGGCUCUCAAGAGCAGCAGAAACAAUGAGUAUGUGACAAGGGUGGCAGGUUCCUUUCUUCCACUUCAGGGAAAAAGAUUACCAAGAAACAUUCCGCACAAGGUCACCAGUCCUGCCUGGUGGUAUGCCAUUCAGUUGUCUUCAGCAGCUGCUGCCUGUACUGGUGCUGCUAGUAACAGCCUGCAUUGCUACAUGUUACCAGUGACCUUUGCAACUAUCGGCUAAAAACCUCCGAAGAAAGAAUGGGAAGUAGUUGGGUUUGUUUUAAGAUGCCCUCCUUAACUGCUCCACUAGAGGGUGUUUCUGUAUACUCUGUUAAAACAGCUUAAGGAUGUCAAGUGAAAUUCAGCUGCGUUUAAAAGCUGCCCAAUACUUAUGUUCUACGUUAUGUACAACCCAUGAAUGGAAUCUUAUUCACAAUUGGAAAAAGCAAUAGGCUUUUAUAGGAGGGCUUAGACCUCUCCCGCUCCAGUGCAUCAAAGGGGAAGGAGAUGACAGUUAUAUGAAUUGCUUUCCACUGUUCCCCCUUUCUUGUUAUGCUAGUGCUUGAUAUUACCCGUUUUCCAUAGGUAGCGAUAUACCAGCAUACAACUUGACUGUUCCCAGAAGGUCCCAGGCCUAGGUCUGACUUAACUCUCUGGUCAAAAAGACAAAUUUUAUGCCUUAAAUAAUGCAAGUGGUCAAAAUACGACUUAAUAUGUAGCAAGCAAGAAAGGUAGAAGUGAUAAAGUAUUCUAUGCAGCAGUGCAAAAGAGGUUAGAGGGUAAGACCACAUCUACCAUGCCAUACGCAUUUCUGCUUUUCCUACGUUAGCAAAAGCUGCUUAUUAGGUAAUACAUCUUAUGUAUGUUAGAGAAUCUGCUAUCCUUGAACAAGCAAGCUUACACUUGAUCAGCUUGUUUUUAGGCUGUAGGAGAUGUAUAGCUAUGUAAAGCAUUAAGGUGCAGAUGGAAUUAAUGGUGGAUACUGUUUCUUGAAAUAAGAGCUGGAGGAAAGUGCAAGGAUACAUGUAGAUAGGGAGGAAAGUUUCAUAAGGUCAAGAGAACAGUGCAACAGUUUACAUAAUGGCCUGGGUAAGAAUCUUUACCACUAUGUAUCUUUAAAGGUGGCUUUGUAGGCUGAGCACUUCCUCUUGAACUAAAGUGGAGAUUUGCUGUUCCCUCCCCAUGACAACUUCACAUUUUAGCCUCAAACCUACUUCUGUAGAGGUUUCAUAAGACUCCUGUGUGGCUGCUGCCAUGGGAGCCAUGGCAAGAAUAGCUGCAGUAGUUUAAAAAGUGUGCCUAGCAUCCCCCUUGCAAGGAACUUGCUGCAGUACAUCUGCUCAAAGAUAUGAGACAAGAACAGGGAGAGGCAAAGCUGGCAGGUGACUCAUUUCAGGAGUGGAGAACAGGAGUACAAGCUGGUUAAAGAACCCUUUCAACAUUAUUGAGUAUAUACAUUAGCAUAAAUGUUCAGAGAGGGAAGCGAGCAUGAAGGACAAACACGUUGAAGAGGGGGCUUCUACCUUCUCACCUUGUUACUACUCUUACCAAAUUAGCUUUAGCUUAAUUACCUCCCACUCCUCUGGCUGCGCUUCAGAAUCAUGCAUGCUGGGAUUACAAGUCCUUUCUAUGCUCCCUGCCUGAAUUCCAUAAAAUCUUACCUAAGAACAGUUGUGAAUUGGCUCCAAAUGCUGAGGGGAAAAAAAUACUGAUCGCUUACGAGAAACUACCCCGCCUGCUCCAGCAUGCUGUUCCCGUUCAAUAACCCGUAGGAGAGCCAGGAAAGCCCUGGUGCCUGUGUGAAUGGUUUCUGAUCACUUUAGAAUAGGGUCAUUCAUGUUGCUUUCCCCACCCUUCCGCUCCAAACCAGCAAUUAAACGAAUCUUGUGGCGCUGUACGUUCACGUCUGAGGCUCUGGCAUUGCUUCCAAGUAGCACUGCAACUUAUUUUUGGCUUUGCAGCCCUCACACAGACGCUGACCUGGAAUGAGUUAGCAGCCGUGCUGACGGCUGGGUUGUUAUUGUGGAACUCAAAGUGGUCUGUCUCUUAGACCCUUAUUGUUCAAGUUCAUUUUGAUAUUUGGGGUAGUAACUUGAUCCCUAAUUGCUGCUCCAGGAAAAUUUGGGCUGAAAGUAGAAGGCAGAAUCUGCAAAGAGGUAAUGGUAAGUAGGGACCUGCUGUGUCUAGUAACAGCUCUCUCGAAAGGAAAUGAGCAGUAGGAGUACAUCUACAAAGGAGAGUGGGGGGAAGUGUAUGAAGCAACAGGUUAGAACUACAAACCAUUGAUAUGUUGUGAUGUUUUAUAUAGCACCUUACAAGUGAUCACCAUAAAUCAUUCUCAAUUGUAAGGCAGAGAGCCUUAUUUUCUUAUGUGCCUGUGUCUUGGUGGGUCCUUUUGGUACCAUAGAAGUAAUUAUGUAAUCUUGCUGAAGUUGAAAGCCUCUCUCAAAUCCACUAGUGAAUGCUAAAACCAGCAAGGUAUCUGAAACAAAAGUAUAUUGUCUAAUGAGGCCUUUGGAAUGGAUUGUGUCAAAUUCUGCUGUCAUUACAAUAUUGUAGCAGUGUAACUGGAAUGACUCCAUUUACUGCACCGGUGUCAAAGUAGAAUUUGGCCCAUUAUCUUGCAGUAUUGAGCUUUAUAUUAACAUACUUGGUAAAGGGACAAAGGGUGCAUCAAGAGUAGAAAGACUGGUUCAGAGAGAUGCUAUUCCUGUAUCCGCUAUAUUCUUUAGGGUUUAAUAUGGGGUGGCCAACCCAGGGCUUGCGAGUCACAUGCGGCUCUUUUAUGGUUAAAGUACGGCUCCUGGAGUCCACCAUGUCCAUUUCUCCCCCACAGCUUCUCUGUCCAACAGAUUGCCAGGGAUGGGGAGUUUGGGGUUUCUGCCCUGCAGCAGGGUGGUGUGGCUUGGGGCUUCAGCCGUAGGGGGCACACCAGCUGGGGCCCCGAGCCUUGGCAGGCACCUCCCGUGGGGCAGAAGCCCCAAGCCCCGCUGUAGGCAUUCCCAGCUCUCGAGGUUAUGACAAUUAUCGUAUGUGGCUCAGAGGGUCAGUAAGUUUGUGUGUAUAUAUUAAACCAUGAGUAGCCAGUUAUUUCAGGCUAUCAAAGUUUCAAAAUACAUGAUAUGGGGAUAAUAUGAAAUGCAGACUUGGUGCAGAUGUUUGUUUAUCCAUACUGAGAUAAUGGAUUUUCCUUCUCUAACUAAAGAGUAAUAUUACCCUGGUAAAGACAACUCCUUUUACAGGAUCAAUACUACACUGGACUAUCCCACUAUUGUUAGUUCUUUACAGCAGCUGCCUGUAAAGGAGUCCAGUGGAUUUUAAGCAAGCUCUGUUAGGCUGGAGUCUCCUGCAUCCAUUGAAGUCUAUGGGAGCCCUCCCACUGAAGCGAACUCCACAUCUAGGUCUUUUCCCCACAAAACUAGCCAAAAAAAGAGACCUUAAAGGUCUGAUCUUGCAAGGUGCUGAGCGUCUCCCAGGAGGUAUGGAGCAUUCUCAGCCCCCCCUAAAGUCCUCCAAUCAGGCCCUUAAGAUUUGAAAAGCCCGUAGGACCCCAGCCUGCGAGGUGUUGAGCACUUCAGCCUGGUGUGGCAGUAGAGGGCCCUUAGCAUCUCAUGUGGUGGGACAAGACUUGACUAUAUGAGAGGCCUUGGGGUGGGUGUAGGUGCCCUGACACCACCUGCCUUGCCAGGUGCCACCCUUGCAGCUGAGCUCAGUAGACAGUAAGUUUUUGCUAUGGGUGUAGGACUCACUCCCCCUGUAUACCUGCCUCAGUUUCCCCCUUAAAAACAAGCCAAAUCCACAAGCCCUCUUGAGGACAUUUUGUCAGAGGUGUGUUGGUGUUCUCUUUUCUCUGUCUAAUCCUCCCCCUUAUUUAAAAUAUCCCCUCUGGCUUGCCUUAGCUAUUGGUUUAUAUAAUACUUGUGCACUUUCUAACUUCUAUGUUAUCUACAGCACCUGAAAGAGCUUAUAGGGUGUAGGCUGCUCUUUAUAAAUUCAGUGGCCACAAGUUAAUUAAUUGAAAUAUGUUUGUGUUAGUUAAGGUUGGAUGCUCUUCCUUAUUUAGCACUGAUAUAAAUAAGCUAGAUUGAUAUUAAGUGACUCAGAAUGGAGCAUAGGUCAAGACAUACAGGCUGAAGACCUUCAAGAAGAGCUUUUCGUUUCUUAGAACCAGGCCAAGACAGACACCAUUUGAGGACAUGAUCUGACUGCACUGCAGAGAAAGGAAAGCGCACCUGUAGGUAUUGUAGCAGAAUCAUCAUGUUUCUGGUAGGACAAACAAAAAGACAACGUGGAGGCAAAAUUGCUACAGUGGGACUUUCUGGCCAACUGCAACUGGCCAUGAAAGAAACUUGGUGAACAGCCUCUCCAAAGCUUUCAGGCAUGUUUACAGAGGUAACCGCUAAUGCUAAAUGGCUUAUGUUAGAAGCCUGUUUUUUGCAAUGGUGCUGAACACGCACACAAUAGCUGGAGAAUUUCAGGAAGGCCAGGCUCAGCAAGGAGCACUGUGGGAGUUCAGUUCCUCAUGGGACCCUGUCCCUAGAGGUGUCUAAACUGGGAUAUCCAACAAAUGAGGCCAUCUGUGAAAGUCAGGGCCUGACCCUACUUCCUUGACACCAUUACACUCCCGUGGCUGCAAACGUAUUUAAAAAAUAAGGGACUGUUUUCUUAGCACCAUGUGUAACCCACACACCUCCUGGUGCAAUGCUUUGUCCCAUGGAGUGGCACAGAAACCACAGAGAUUGAUGAGUCUGCUACCACCUUAGCUCACAGCCGUAUGGCUUUUAGCUCAUGCAGUAGAGGCUCAUGCAUUUAUCUCCAGAGGUCCCAGGCUCAAUCCCGCCAGCCAACAACCGGGGUCUGUCAGUGUCACACCCACACUGCCCCUCCUCCUGAUAUUAUCAUUAAUUAAUUAAUAAGCAGCCCUCAGCUACAUUCACCAGGGGUAUUUCUUGCUGCUUUUUUGCAGCACUCAGCAACUACCAGUGUUGUACAGAGAGGAAAACGUAAAGGACGUCCCUUGUAAUAAGGGAUGUCGGCAUUCCUAGCCACUGACUUCAAUAGGAGCAGCAACUUCAACCCCUCUCCCCACAUAUUCCCACACAAAAAGAACCUAAAAACUCUUUUCUGUUAAGCACUGAAUGUCUCCAGGGAGAUUCGGAGCACCCUUAACUCCCACUAGGAUCAGGCCCUAAGUGUACCAGUGCUGAAUGGACUCUUGGAAACUUGAUUUCAAAACUGCUGUAUUCCACAGUGACGAUACGGGGAGUCUUAGAAACACAGAGCGCGUUAUCCAAACCCUGACCUUAUGAAACCCAUCUGCUGCAAGCUCAGUGCUUCAUAAAAAACGGAGGCUUGUGGGAGAAGUCCAGCUCUCGCUGUCUCUAUUUAGUAUAAACUUUCGUUAUGUCGAUCAGCAGAAUAUCCUCCUGGCAGAAGCAGCAGCUCAGAUGUCAUCCAGACCUAAAACUGUAUUUGAGUGGGGUUUUUUCUUUCGCUGAGAGUCAUUUUUAUUUAGUUUUUAAUGGAUUUUUAAAAAUCCAAACACUUCGGACAGUUUUGUGACGCUUAAUGCUUUAUUUAAAAAGCUGACAAUGUCUCACUGGGGGGAGAGAGGGGGCUCAGAAAUAGCCAUUGGCCAGUCUUGUUGAUGUGCUAUAGUCUAUUGCUAAAGGAGCCUGACACGUAAGCCAAAGAUUUCUCAAGCUUCUAUUGAUUUGGGUUGCCCAGGGUGAGACAUUCCAAAAGGCCUGGUUUUCAGAGAGCACCAAUCACCCACUCUCUGAAAAUCAGGGCCCUUUAAUCACAUCUCAAGUGGGGUACCAGUGGCUUUUGAAAACCUUGGCUGUUGUUGAUAAUGAGAGCAGCAGUGGUUUGAGCACAGGCCUGGGAGCCAGAAACUCUUCUGCUGCCAGCUCACUGUGUGCACCUGGGCAUACUACUUAACCUCUCUGUCUCAGCUUCCUGCCCCCCAUAGCUGUAAAAUUAAAAUAGUUACCUUCAUUCCUCCCCAGGUUUGGGGUCCUGGUUCAGCCAACUAUCCCUAGUCAGCAAGGCACUUGAGCACGCUGGAGUAAAUGGGACUCCAGCAGAUACUUUGCUGAACUGCAGCUAUACUGGGGGUCCUGGUGCUUGCCCUUUAAAGUCCUUGCUUUACUACAAGAAGGAAUACUCUGCCCCUGCCAUCCCAGCAAGAAUCCAGUGUUAUUCACUGGAAGUCUUCCUGCAGGACUGAAGGAAUUUUAAAAGGGCCUGGAGUACACCCAGCAACUGGAGUCAAUGAUUGCUCACUCCAACUGAGGGGUUUAGUAGACCCUGUGUGGCAACAGAGCCUGUGUUCCUCUGUCUGUGAGAUAGCGAGCCAGGGAGCUACAGCAUCUCUGCAUGCCCAGUAUCCUCAGUAGAAAUAUCCCUGUGCUCACUACAGCCUCUACAAUGAGGGAUGCUAUAGGGCCAGGACAGUCAGGAAAGGGACAAGAUUUCAAAAGUGAUUUGGGGUACCUCAAAGUUUGGUGGCCCCAACUUGAGAGACCUUAGAGUAGCUGACCCUCAACCUGGGCUCAACUGUAGUCUUGUUGGGUCUCUUGCUCCUGGGUCCCCUAUGAAAGCCCCCACCCCUGGCCCAUCUCACUGUUUCUAGAAGGAGUUCCGCUCACUCUUGGGGUCUUUUAAGAGUCCAGCUACAGUUCACUUGUCUGUAGUCCCUGCAGGGGACUCCUAGGUCUUGUCACAGGCAGGAAGCAGAUUUACAGGGUCCCUUGCUCGCAUCACGCUCAUAGUGUCCCCCAACCAGAGUGGGAGGAAAGGCUGGCUACUGCCUCAGGCAGGGCUUCCCUUGCUACUGGAGCUUGCUGGCAACAUUCCUACACCUGGGCAAGCUUCCCCCCUGUCGUCUGUGGCCAGUUUCACCUUCUUAAGCUCCCCUUCUCCAGGUGGUGCAUGUUCUGAGGGUGGGCCUAACUGGUGCUGCUUGAGGGCAGGACUGAUAGUUUCUACCAGCAGGAUGGGGGGCCCAAACUUGUGAGACACUUUGGUUCAUUGAAGUCAGUGGCAUGUUUCCAUAACUUCAAUGGGAUUUGAAUCCUGCACAGAAUAGAAUAUUCCCCAUCAGUGAAAUGCUCCCUUUCAUUUCGUCCCUUUCUGUUGCCCACCCUGACUUUAGAAGGAAGCAGAUACAAGGCCAACUCCCAUGAGCAUUGCAGCAUGCCACCUCAUUAUCACUAGUGUGCGCACAUAUGGCGAAUGAAAGCACAUGGUGCUGGGACAGUGAUGAAUACAAUUUUGUUUGGAUUCUGGACCAGACCCUCAGAGGCAUGCAGGCUCCUAACUCCCAUUUAUUUCAGUGGCAGUUAGGAAUCUCAGUGCCUUUGAAGGUCUGGGCCUCUGUUUCUAGUUCUAAGAUCUAUCAGACAUCAGGACUCAGAAUAAAAGAGACAAUUGGAAAGCCAAUAAUACAGAGGUGCAGGUCCAUUUUUAGUCAUUAAGACUAAAGGCCUGGUUAGAGGAAACAAAGACAGCCAUGGUACUAUUUAGUUGCUUUUUUCUUGUUUUAGCUACUUGUUACCUUGAAGCAAGGCUUUAGAGUGGGCGCAGUGAGGAUCCAAACAUGACCAAGGAGGAGCAGCUACCAGACUGGCAUUCGGCCAAGGAAUUUUAUCAGAAUUAUGACCCGAAGGAAAUUCUGGGCAGAGGGGUAAGCAGCGUGGUUCGUCGGUGCAUUCACAAACCCACCAGCCAAGAGUACGCGGUUAAGAUUAUAGACAUCACAGCUGGCAAUUUGUCCCCAGAGGAGGUCCAGGAGCUGAGGAAAGCCACUAUCAAGGAGAUAGACAUCCUUCGGCAGGUCUCAGGACAUCCCAAUAUCAUUCAGCUGAAGGAUAGUUAUGAAUCCCACACCUUUUUCUUCUUGGUGUUUGACCUAAUGAAGAGAGGAGAGCUUUUCGAUUACCUCACAGAGAAAGUCACCUUAAGUGAGAAGGAAACCAGGAAGAUCAUGCGUGCACUGCUGCAAGUGAUCCAAUACCUCCAUUCCAUGAACAUCGUCCACAGAGACCUGAAGCCGGAGAACAUUCUCCUGGAUGACAACAUGAACAUCAAGCUGAUGGACUUUGGCUUCUCCUGCCAGUUGAAUAGGGAUGAGACGCUCAAAGAAAUCUGUGGCACUCCUGGCUAUCUAGCGCCUGAAAUAUUAGAGUGCUCCAUGGAUAAGGACCAUCCAGGGUAUGGAAAGGAAGUUGACAUGUGGAGUAGUGGUGUGAUCAUGUACACCCUGCUGGCUGGCUCCCCGCCCUUCUGGCACCGGAAGCAGAUGCUCAUGCUGCGGAUGAUCAUGAGCGGGAAUUACCAGUUCAGCUCUCCGGAAUGGGAUGAUCAGUCAGACACAGUCAAAGAUCUGAUUUCCCGGCUCCUGGUGGUGAAUCCUAAGACGCGCUACACAGUCAACGAUGCACUGGCCCACCCGUUCUUCCAGCAAUAUGUCGUGGAGGAAGUGCGGCACUUCAGCCCUUUAAGGAAAUUUAAGGUCAUCUGCCUGACAGUUCUGGCAUCAGUCCGCAUCUAUCAUCACUAUCGGAAUGUCAAGCCAGUUACCAGUGAGGUACUAAUGAGAGACCCCUACGCUCUGAAACCCAUUCGCAAAUUGAUCGAUGCCUGUGCCUUUAGAAUCUAUGGACACUGGGUGAAGAAAGGAGAAGCACAGAACAGAGCAGCCCUGUUUGAGAACACUGCAAAGGUGAUUUUGCUAAGCUUAGCCGCAGAGGAAGCGUUCUUUUGAUUUAGCCCUGAGUAAAACUGCUUCAGCACCGUCUUCGCUUAAGUUUGUAAGCGUUAAAGCAAGCAGAUGCUCUGGAAACUAACCGCAGUCUCCUUUAUGUUUUCCCAGUAAAAUCUCAAUAGAUAAUAUUAAACCCAGGGUGUGCCAAACCUUGACAUUCUUAUUUGGCCUUCAAAAGCUGCCAGGUGCACAAACCUCUGCAGAACCCCAUCAAACUUCAAUGAGAGUUUUGCCUGUGUAAGGCCUCCACAAUUUGGCCUUGCCAUACCGAUAUUCAACUUCCCUCCAAAAUGACAUUUAAGGGCCUGAUUUUUUAGACGUGGCCUCUAAGUUUUGCAGCUGUAAUUAACUGUGUGUGGAAAUAUACCCUCACAUCAGGCAGGUGAACAUCUUAAAUGCCAGCACGUCUGCCCCACGUUAAUUCCACCUGAAUGUUGUGGGUUUUUUUGGCCUGGAAUGAAUUGCAGGCACAAAAUUGGUCCCCAAGCUGAGGCGCUUUUGAAAAAGAAUAGAGUUGGGGGCCCAAGCAAAAUCCUAGCUGUGGCAUUCGGGUACAGCUCCAGCUCUGAACAUCGCAGCUCUGUCCCCUCUCUACUGCAGAGGGAACCAACAGAGGAUGCAAGAACAACAGAAUACACUUCUCCUAUAGGAACCACACCCUUUCAUUGGCAGGAUGGACCAUGCUCCCCCGAGCUGUGGUAACAGAAGGGUGUGAGCGAGCACCCUCACACCUGUGUGAAAUCCUCUCCAGCCGUGGUGGCAAUAUUUUCUGUUAUUGCCAUUUGCUACAAUCAGGCUCAUGUUGCUCUUGCUGGCGCCCUCCUGCUUACAGCUAAGACCUCGAUCCUGUAAGCUACACCUAGGCAGACCUUUGCACCUGCACCAGCGCAGUCAGGGGACCUCCACAUGGGCGCAGAGGCUCACCCCUAUGCAGCAGCUUGCCGGAUUGGGGCCUCAGUGUCUGGCCCAGGCCAGCCUGAGGUUUCAAAGCCUCGCUUUCAUUUGGUAGCAGGCACGACCUGUUCUGUGAAGACGAUAGAUUGGCUGCUGAAUGGUUAGAGGCGAGGAGGAAAGGGGGCAGGGGUGUGGAAAGCAGCCCCACCCAUGGGACACUCACAAAAUACUAACCAAUUACAUUCAAUUGCUUGAGGUUAAAAACCACAUGAAAAAGCUGGUCAAGCUUUGUUUUUACAAGGUGGCUGUUGCUAUUAGAAACCCACGUUUCCAAGCUUCUGGGACCAGCCUUCACGGGCAGGGCCUUAAGUACGGUGGGCUUAUCCCGUAUCACUUUCGAAAAUCGAGUCUUUCAGGGCACGAGUACCCUGGUUUGGGUGCCUCACUGCAAAGGCAAGUGUUCACUGCCUGUUUUACCAUCUGUAAAAUGAGGCUAAUGAUACUGACCUUUCCUAAGGCGCUUUGAGAUCCACGGAUGGAAAGUGCUGUAUGAAGGCUAGGUAUUAUCCACUGAGCUCUCGCUUCAUUUAGCUUUGGGGCUAACACAUUUUUCACAUUUUAAAAAAAAAAAGCCUCCCCCUGGGCUGUAGUACAAUUGGCAGUUUAUAACUCAGCCUUUAAUACAAGCUGAGGAAAACUUCCCUCCCUGUCCACCAAACCGUGGAGGGGGCGGGAGGGGGGAAAGUUGUGACAAAACCACCACCCUCAAAUUUGUGUCAGUAGGAAAAAGUGACCCGUCCAAAUCCCCAGAACGGCAAAAGGCCACCUGCAUGUGAAACCAGAAAUCAGAGCCUUCAUCUUAAGGGACUCGAUUGGCUCCUUCCUUUCUAUCAGGGAUGGGGCAUAUCCUGACCGGUGACUAGUAUCUCACAUAACACUCUUCCUAGCCAACAGAUUCCAUUAUGUCAUUAUCACAGGCAGCCUUAGUUACCGCUGUUAUAACCAGUCAAGCUACAAACGAUGCCGUAAGUGUGACAGGUGUUUUGUUUCCAAAGCUUUAAUGCACUAUGCUGAAGAGUAGCAAUUCAUUUUAUGCAUCUACAACUUAGGCUGAGUUUUUAAACAGCCUUUGAAUGACGGAAAAUGCACAUUGCAGCUAAUGGUGACCUGUGUACUGCAUGUGUAUUUAGGAGACAUUUUAAAAGAUAUAGGGCUAAUACACAGACCUCACAUUGGGCAAAAUGGUCAAGGGCUUCAGUUUAUUUAUGUCUGUUUUGUAAACUGUUUACAUGUCAAUAAAUAAGCUUCGUUUUACUUAGCUGGUGUGACGUGGCAUUGGUAAGCUAGUGCCUGUUGUAUUCUUUCUGUCAAGCAACAUAUUAGGCUGGGAUUUGUAAAGGGGCCUAAGGCUUUAGGUGCCCAACUCCCACUGGAUGCCAAUGGGAGUUAGAUGUCUAACUCCUUUAGCUCACCCCCUUUUGUAAACCUCAGCCGUAAUGCUUAGCAUUUAUAUUCAAAUGCUUUACAGACAAUAAGUAAUUCAUCCUCCCAAUAACCCUGUGAGGUAAGUAUGUUUUAUUAUCCCCGUUUUCGAGGUGGGGAAACUGAGGUAGAGCUGAGGUUAAGGGGCAGAUUGUCAGAGGUAUUUAUCAACUUAAAGAUGGAGAUAGGUGCCUAGUGCUUUUAAACCAAUGGGAGCUUGAUUUAAUUCCCAUUUUAAAUCAACAGGCGUCAGAUGCCUGGGUGUUCUUGAA